GCGAGAUCUAACUUGAGGUGGUUUUUCAUCUAGACCCCUCCCAGUGUGCUUUGCAGGUACUGUUAUCGAAGCUUAAGGCGAAGGCAGUUUGUGAUGGUGCCGGUCUAAAUCCUAGUUUUAAGGCAAUUUGCGUGUCAAAGACGUCUCAUCAUCAGCUUCCGAAUGCCAAAAUUCAUCACACAACACCUAAUAUGGCUUUAGCUUUACCCGCUUCAAAUGCAAGCAUAGGUGUUGUUAAUGGCAAGCCAACGCUUUGUCGUCACCUGAACUGACGAUGUUCAGGGCCCUCUCUCUUUCAAAUCUCGCUCUUCACUGCGUUUCUUUAUCCCUCUCAAGACGGAGAGUGUGAAAGAAGGCCUUUCUCUGUCGAAUAGAAAGAAGAAUCAAUCGUUAAUUCCGGUUAUCCAAGCACACGCCCUUGUUAAUACACACAGUUGCAUUUAGAGUUUUUUUUGGUAGUAUACAACCAUGGCGUCCGACGGUUACACCGACAGAAACGCUGUUUUCCGCAAGCUCAGAUCGAAGCCCGAGAAUAAGAUGUGUUUCGAUUGCAAUGGAAAAAAUCCGACCUGGGCGUCUGUGACGUAUGGGAUCUUCCUGUGCAUCGAUUGUUCGGGGGUUCACCGAAGUCUUGGGGUGCACAUCAGCUUUGUUAGGUCAACAAAUAUGGAUUCAUGGACUCCGGAGCAGUUGAAAAUGAUGUGCUUUGGUGGAAAUAACCGAGCUCAGGUUUUCUUCAAACAGCAUGGAUGGACCGACGGAGGCAAGAUUGAGGCCAAAUAUACCUCAAGAGCUGCUGAGUUAUACCGACAAUUACUCUCGAAAGAAGUUGCUAAAAGCAAUGUAGAGGAUGCUAGUUUACCUUUGUCUCCCGUUGCUUCCCAGUCAUCAAAGUCUAAUGGAUUUUCUGAUAUCAACUUCACUGAAGAUCCAAAGGGAAGUCCUCUAAACAACUUCCCAAAGGAAAUUUCUGCUCUCAAAACUGUGACAUCUGAGGUUUCUUCUUCUCCAAGAGCCUCUCCGAAAGUUGCAGCAAUUACUGUGAAGAAAUCUCUUGGUGCAAAGAAAACUGGGAAGACCGGAGGCCUAGGUGCUAGGAAGCUCACUAACAAGCCUAGUGAAAGCCUUUAUGACCAGAAGCCGGAGGACCUUCCCUUACAAGUUUCUCCUGCAAACUCUUCAUUGAGUAGCACGGCUGCAGUUGGUUCAUCGUUUACAUCUAGAUUUGAGUACACAGACAAUGACCAACCUACUGAGAUGAGUUCUGGGGGUUCACGUGCCAGCCAUGUCGUACCUCCAAAGUCAUCCAAUUUCUUUGCAGAGUAUGGCAUGGACAGUGGCUUCCCAAAGAAGAGCAGCUCAAUCUCGACAAAAGUUCAAGUUGAGGAGACGGAUGAAGCAAGAAAAAAGUUCUCCAAUGCAAAAUCAAUAUCGUCAGCCCAGUUUUACGGUGUUCAAAACAAGUCCGGUGAUUUGGAUGCAUCAGCAUCUUUGCAGAAAUUCUCUGGGUCAUCUUCGAUCUCUAGUGCUGAUCUCUUCGGUCAUGAUUCAAGGUCUACUAAUAUUGACCUUACAGCAAGUGAACUCAUUACUAAGCUGUCUUUCCAGGCACAGCAAGAUAUCUCCUCGCUUAAGAAUAUUGCAGGAGAAACCGGGAAGAAACUUGGCUCCAUCGCGUCCUCUUUAUUAAAUGAUCUUCAGGACAGAAUCCUCUGAUGAUAAGGUUACGAUGAGAUCUGUAUUUUUACUUGAAAAACAAAGAUUGUUGUUGCACUGCAAUUUGCCCUAUGUUAUUUAGAUUGUGUAAAAGAGGGCAUUCUUUUUUGGAAAAAAGCUGUGAUAAGUUCAAAUUCGAGGCUUAAGAUACGCUUGUGAUAUUUUAUUCUUCUUUCUUCUUUGAAUAGUGUUAAUGCAGAAUUUAUUCGAUGCUAAUGCUUUUUGGGUUAUGGCUGAUUAUCUCACAACAUACCCAAUAUAUUCUCAACAGGUUGGGG